AUGCCUGCUCGCGCUUCGGCACUUGCAUUUGCACCUGCCUUGUCCUUUGCCUUUCCCUCCUCCAGCUCGCGAUACUUCCGUCGAGACUUCUUCGCCGCGCUCGCUUUCUUCUUCCUGGCCUUCUCUGCCUUCAACGCUGUUCGACUCCGAGGUCCCUUCUCCAGCUCUUCGAGUCUUUCUCCCAAUAUCCGCCGUGCAUUCUUCCGGUUCUGCUCUCGACUUCGCGUCUCCUGGCUUUUCACCACGACCCCCGUCGGCAAGUGCUUCAGCUGCACAGCAGAUGAAGUCUUAUUGAUCUUCUGCCCGCCUGGUCCACUGCCCUUCAGAAACGACUCGGUGAUAUCGGACUCGGGUAUCACGAUUCGUGGUGGCAGCGGCUUCUCGAGGUGCGCAGUCUGGACAGAGAAGGGGCGAACGAGGUCGCAUCGUAUAGCUCUCGUAGCGGGGUGGCCUACACGCUUCGACAGAAGCAUCACGAUCACCGUGCACAGAAGAGAAGGCCUUGUCGUCCCAGAGCUCCGAAGGCACAUCUCCGAGUCCUUGGCCAGAUCUGGACGCGCCACUUUCGCGCUUGGAACGAUCGCGUCCGCGUCGACCUUCUGUUGUCUCUGCUCUCCACGAUCAUCAUUCGUGAUGAUUGCCAUCUGGCAGGGCUCUUUGGCAUUGGGAAACGAUGCUCUACUCCAAGGGCUCUCGUUGUCCAGAUCGAAAGACGAACAACAGCCAUGUGUUGCACCUGGAACAGAGCUGGAACUCCUGUCCGUAGUCAGGACAUUGCAAGUACCAUUGUACAUGAGCCUCGGAAAGCCGUUCGUCGUCACUUCGAGCCAUGCCGAGACUGAGCAAUGGUUCUCUGCGAUUCUGCUCGGCCAGCAUCAUGAUGAUACCACAGCAUGGUGGCGUAGUGCUGCCACCGAUUCUUCGCUAGGCAUACUCGUGGCUGUAAAAAGCGCGAUUGCUGAACUCCCAGGGCCGAAGAUUACUGAGCUGCUGUUCUAUGCUGCUAAGGAGACGUUUAACGAAGCCGGAUUGCCAAGUCCGCCCAAGUCUUCGACUGGAAACCAGGACAUGGCAAAAGAUACGAUCCGGCUGUAUGCCCUGCCGUUGUCCUCGGACCUGCAUCAUCGAGCUGCUCGUGAUGAGCCUACACCACCUCCAACGCCGCAGCACAGCUCAGACGAAGUGGACGCAGUGUUUUUGCCUCUUGCCGAGAAGCAAGAUUUGGCCACUGCGGAGACCAUAAACAGACCGCCAGUACGGAAAAGAAAGAGCGUCAAUGAGACAUUUGACAAAGCAGCCGAGCGUCGCCAUAAGGCGAGACGCAAGGGUGGAGAAGGUGUUGCUGCUGCGGCUGCCACGAAAACUGAGACCACGCUUCAAGACCUGAAACAUCGGCCGUCUAUCAGCAACAAUCAAGUGCCAGUACAAAACCGACCGCUUUCGAGAUCAUCAAGCGUUGCAUCUGCUAAGCCUCACCUCGGAAGAGAGCCAUCAGUAUCUGCAGCCACGAAAGCAUCAGCAUUGUCCCAGGUUCAGACCGCCUCUGCUGCUGGUUCUCCUGAGAAAGCUACGACCGAAAGCAAAAACAAGGAUCUCGUGUCAAAGGUCGUUAUGGCUGGUAUGCGCUUGCACGGCCUUCACCAAAGCAAGCGUCGCAGAUCGAGAGCAAACUCUACAGUGGCAUCACCCACUGCCGAAGCCAGCUUCGAGGAGAUCGAUGCCGAAAGGCAGAACGAUGAAGACUUCAAGCUGAUAUACCAUCAAGUCUACAAGGGGACAUGCUUCGCGUUCAGGAGCCAUAUUGCUGCUGUGCCACUUCACAGCCGUACAGAUGCCGUCCGAGACACGGUGGAUCGACUUCUGGCGAUCUUCUGCAGUGACCCGUUGACCGUCGCAGUCACCGAAAGCGCAGACGACUAUACGCCCGGUGGUAGGAAGGUCUUCGGCUCAUCUGCUCUACCGGAGUCAAAGUACGACAAUCCUUUUGUACAAGCGGCAGCGGCGGAAACCACCAGUAAGACAAACACGCCAUGUUCCAGGAAGCCGAAAGAUGAUCUGAGAGGUCUGGGCUGA